AAGAGGGGGCAGAGGACCGGAGAGUGGAGAGAGAGAGGGAAAGAGAGAAAGAGAGAGAGAGAAAAACCCGCUGAAAGAAGCGUGGCAUAGUUUUGUAAGAAUUGUAGAAAAAGAUGUAACGGAGCUUGGAGGCGCUCUCACCGGAAUGGAAGAGGGGAUUAUCAUCCCUACUGAAACUUACUGUGGAUGUCUGAAUAAACCAGGAGGAGAUACACGUGGAUGACUGGAUUCUAAAGCCCCCUUUUUUUUUCUUCUCGAAAUGGGAACUAACUGUGCUCAAUUUCGCUGUAGCGCAAAGAUAUCUGCGGCUGUGUGUGGGAUGUUGUGUCAGGGCUAAAGCCCAUCCCUCUCCCAUGAGCCUGUGUGCCCACGCACAGACACGGCGCCCCCACGCACACACCCGGCGCCCACGCACCCACAGCCGGCACUGACGCUGUGAACUGGAACCUCAGAGCCCAGCGGAUACCAGCCGAGCCAAGCGGAGCGCAGUCUAGCUCACUUGGAGUCUGAGGAUGUCAACAGAGACAGAACUCCAGCCAGCGGUCAGGCCCAGCAGCGUCAGACGGGACUCCAAGAGGAAAGGGCAGGAUCGCAGCGAGGCAACUCUCAUCAGGCGCUUUAGGGGCGAUGGUGUCCGUUACAAGGCCAAACUUAUCGGCCUGGACGAGGUCACUGCCGCCCGUGGAGACAAACUCUGCCAGGACUCCAUGAUGAAGCUCAAGGGCAUAGCUGCAGGAGCCCGGUCCAAAGGAGAACACAAGCAGAAGGUGUUUCUGACCGUUUCUUUUGGAGGAAUCAAGAUCUUUGAUGAGAAGUCAGGGGUCCUCCAGCACCACCAUGCAGUCCACGAGAUCUCCUACAUUGCCAAGGACAUCACAGACCACAGAGCCUUCGGCUACGUCUGCGGGAAGGAGGGGAAUCACCGCUUUGUGGCCAUCAAAACCGCACAGUCGGCCGAGCCUGUGAUUCUGGACUUGCGGGACCUUUUCCAGCUCAUCUACGAGAUAAAGCAGCGGGAGGAGAUGGAGAAGAAAGCCCAAAAAGAUAAGCAGUGUGAGCAGGCGGUCUACCAGACAAUACUGGAGGAGGAUCUGGAGGACCCGGUCUACCAGUACAUUGUGUUUGAGGCGGGACACGAACCCAUCCGCGACCAAUCAGAAGAGAGCAUUUAUCAGGUUCCCACCAGUCAGCAGAAGGAAGGGGUCUAUGAUGUCCCAAAGCGACACCGAAACGGACACGAGAACACCCCGCACCACCACCAUCCCCAUCAUCAUUAUCAUGAGCAGCCUCCCCAGCGAGAACACGGUGAACAGCAUCAGGGGCAGCAGGCAGUUGCAGAUCUGAUAGACUUAGGCCUGGAUAUGGAUAUGGUGACUCAGAAUAUCAGCCAGUUAGAGAUUUUUGGAGACAUGUCCACGCCGCCUGACAUCACCUCUCCGUCUACCCCCGCCUCUCCUGCCAACACCCUGGACCCCUCGCUGGGCCUGCAGCCUCCCACGGAGCUGUUUGCCCCCUUCAACCCUGCGUCUGUGCCCUCAGGUUACGUGACGAUGGGGGCGGUACCGCCGGGCCACUGGUCCCAGCAGGCCUUCGCUGCCCAGACGCCGCUGGCCUUCGGGGUCCAGUCCCCCCUGGGGCCCGUGGCCCAGGUGCUGCCGGGCGGCCAGCCGCUCAUCUGGGGCCAGGCCAACCUCUUCCCCGCCACCCAGCAGCAGUGGGCCGCCAUGGCGGCCGGCGCCUUCCCCCCCACAGCCUACCUCCCUGCCCAGCCCGUGGGCAGCCUGCCCGCCGCCAUGUUCCAGACGCUCGCCCCCGUCACCACGCUGAAUCCAGCCGGGGAAAGCCACUCGGGGGCCGGAGCCGGCGCCUCAGGGUCUUCCCCGUCAGCGUCGUCGAGUCCUCAGCAGGGGGAGGCGGCAAAGAAGCUGGGCAAAGAGAUGUUCAAGGAUUUCCAGCUGGGGAAGCCUCCAGCCAUGCCGUCCAAGAAGGGCGAGCAGCCGAGCCUAUCGGCAACCUCAGACGCGUUCAGCAGCUACUUCAGCCGCGUGGGCACGGCCCAGGACACGGACGACUGUGACGACUUUGACAUUUCUCAGAUGAAUCUCACGCCAGUCACCUCCACAACACCAUCCACCAACUCCCCGCCUACGCCGGCCCCCCGGAAGAGCCCUCCGUCCAAGUCCUCAGCCUCACAUGUCAGCGAUCCCCCAACGGACGCCACGGACCCCCCCACGGACGACUCCUUUGGAGAGGCGGAGGGCAGUCCCAGUCGCAGUGGAGAGGAAGAUGCUGCGUGUGGCUCUGGGUCCCCCUGCCCCAGUGAGACAGCAGAGCCCAGCCCAGAACAGGCCAGUCCGGAGGCUGGGAGCUAGAUAGCAGCAGGGCAGGAAAGGGAAGGACCCUCUCUACGCCCAGAUCAACAAAGGGAAAAAAUAAAGUGAUACAUAAGAAGACAGACCGGACCAGCACUGAGAGAACCGGAGGAGAACCCUUUACCUCUGAGCGUGUGUGUUAGUGUGUGUGUGCGUACAUGUGUGGUACAUCCCUGUCCGGCCAAGCUCCUCUUCUUCUGUUCCUGAUGACCACCUUCCAGGAGGAACCUCAACACUCCCGCCGACGUCCUCCUUCCUGCAGACGUUCCCUCUCCUGCGAGAGGAGACCCCUCUCGGUCGUUCCUUCCAGACAGGAGGGAUAUCAAUCACCGAGGUGGACGCAGCUCUUCCUCCACGGCUCUGUCUUCUCCUCUCCUCUCUCCUCCGUCACACCCAGCCUUACAGACAUGAACUGCUCCUUCUCUCUGUCCUCCUUUUGCUCUGUCACGCUCUUUCCUCGGCCCUCUCGUGUCUGGCCACAGACUCCGCCGCAAGUAAGGGACAGAGUCGAGCAGUGCCUCCCUGUCUGCGAUGCAGACACGCGCACUCAUCCUUUUAAUAGACGGAAUCCGAAUCUGUAGUGAGGGGGAUCCCAACGGGACGAGCCAGACUCUGUGACGGGCCCGUCAGGGACGGCCCGUUACCGGGAUCGCUGCUUCUGACUGGCCGGUCGGCUCGGGGCGUUUCCUCCCCAUUCUCGUGAGCGUCUGCUGGAUCACUAUGCAGAAACAGACUCUGGGAGCUGCUCACACACACACACACACACACACACAUACACACACACACACACACACACACACACACGUUUUGCACACAACAGUGGGCCUACAUGCACACAUGCACACACGCACGACCACAGUCACGCCCAACCCGCUCCACACGCGCAGUACUUUGCCAAACGUCCCUCCUCGCAGACGGACUCGCACCGAGGCCGGAGAGCCAGACGUGGCGAGGAACGUCCCCCCGCGAGGGAAGUGAAACAGAUUCUGUGAUUGAACUCUUCAUUCUCUAUAGCUUUUGUACAAUAAUGAUUAAAAAAAGUAAAAAAGAUCAAAUUCAAAAAUGGAAUUUUUAUUUUCUAAGUCAAUCAAGCCGCUGGGGUCAGCUCUAUAGGAGUUAUAGAGUCAACAUGGCUUUAAGGCAUCUGAUCGUUAGUUUGCCAAAUUCAUUUUGUAAAUAAUAAGCAUUUUUGUCCACUGGACUUCUGUGCCAUAAAAUGGGAAGGCUUCAGUUAUGCAAACUCUUGAUGUUAACCCAAGCAAUACCAACAUAUGUUUGCUCUUUCCUGUUCCACGUGUUUUGGUUUUUGCUUUAUUCUGAUGUUUUGUCCACCUCAUGUCCUCCCGGCUCCAGCCCCUUAGCCUGUGUCUUCUUGAGUCCUCGCUGUUUUUCUCUCACGUCCCAGACAAAUCAGCCUCCCCUGCUCGCGCCACGCUCUGCCAGCGGGUCGCAGGCCUGCGCUUUUCCACCGCAGGACUGCCACUGUUGCAGACUGGCUCGCCGCAGCCGGGGCCCCCUGCUCCCGCUCAUCCCCGUCUGCGCAGACGUCCUGCCCGUCCGUCUCUCUCCGUCCGUCCAUCUGUCCGUCAGGUGCCAAACUCCUGCUGGUCCGAGCGCGGACCGCAGCGCCCUCUGCUACAGCCACAUCAUCUGUGAUGCCAAUGACUCCCUAUUUUAUGGCCAGAGUCCCCGUUUCCACCGGAGAACUCUUUUGGACUAUGAUGUUGAUUAACGUAAAAAAAACCUUGACAACUAGAAGAUGAGCAAAGAAGUUGAAUAAAAAGGGAAACGUCGCUGUUUGAGUACAUAACAUUUCUAGACCUAUUUUAACUUUACCUCAGCUAACAGUUUCUUAAUGUAAAUUGACACAUUAUUUUUAUCUUAAUGAAUAUGACAUUCUACAGUGGGUUUCUAGAUUACUUUUUUUGGUUCGAUCUUGAUUUACGUAUUCCACCAUGUAUUACCUGUUCCAAAUAAACACACCCCAAAUGA